AUGACUGCUCCGCCAGUCCAGCAAAGAAAGCCGGUCAAAGACCUGCAGAAGGUCUUCCACUACACAGACACUAUGACUCGCAAGCCAACAAGAGACAACGAUCCCUACGAAUACAUGGCCGGAUUUGGUAACCGUCACCAAUCCGAAGUGAUUCCGGGAACUCUACCAGCAGGCCAAAACAACCCUCAGGAAGCUCGGUUUGGGUUAUACACGGAGGGAAUAACCUACUCAGCCUUCGCAGCUCCUCGUCAUGCCAACUUCAGUACUUACAUGUACCGGGUACGGCCAGCUGCAGCUCACAAUGGCUACACGGCCAACAUACCUCACAAAGCCGAUAUCGAGAAUUGUUUUUUGACUCUGAACCCCAAAGUGAAGACAUUGGCAGAACAAGGUGAAUGGGCUCCAUUUCCCCUGCCAAAGGAUGAUGAGAAAAUCGACUUCGUUGACGGAUUACACACGCUGGGUGGAAGUGGAGACCCUAAUUUGCGCGAGGGAAUUGCUCUCUACGUCUUUAUGAUUAACACAGAUAUGGACCACCGCGCAUUUUGCAACACAGACGGCGACUUCCUUAUCGUUGCCCAACUGGGUAAUUUGGAUAUUCAGACCGAACUAGGGAAAUUGUUCUUGCAACCUGGUGAAAUCUGUGUGGUUCCUCGUGGUAUCCGCUUUGCAGUCCGACUAGGACCUGGUCAUGAUUCUGCUCGUGGUUAUAUCACAGAGAUCUGGGGUUCGAGAUGGGAGUUGCCAGACUUGGGGCCACUAGGAGGCCACGGACUGGCUAAUCCGCGUGACUUCUUGCAUCCUGUUGCCUACAUCGAUGAAAACCUUCACGAAAAUUGGUCUAUUGUGAAUAAAGCAAACGGAUUGUACAAUGCCAUUGCACAGGAUCACAGCCCCUUCGAUCUGGUGGCCUGGCAUGGAAAUGUUGUGCCUUAUAAGUACGACUUGACGAAGUUUUCAUCCCAGAAUGCAACAUCCAUCGACCAUACCGAUCCAUCUGUCAACUGCGUUUUAACAGCCGCGUCUCGUGACCCCGUGACCCCCUUGGCGGAUUUCUUGUGGUUUGGUCCCCGCUGGGAUGUCGCAUCCAACACCUUCCGCCUGCCAUACUUCCAUCGUAACUCAGCUACGGAGUUCUUGGCCUCUCUUUAUGGGAACGGGCUUGGUCGCUCGGAUGACUUCCUCCCCGGUGGUGGCAGUGUAGAGAUCAGUCAUACACCCCACGGAAACUUCAACGAGGCGUACGUAUAUGAGAUGAGGAAUCAGGUGAAUGAACCUCGAAAAAUUCUGGAAGAUCAAAUGACUAUCAUGGUGGAAAGCAGCCGUACAUUCUUGUUCACGGAGUAUGCGCGAAGCGGCUGUGGCACCUUCAAAGACCAAGGAACUGACCCGAAGGUGUGGGAUGCAUUGCCAGACAAAUUCUCCUCGUACCCGAAUAUCCAGAAGAUUCUUAAACGGGUCAAAGAAGACAAGGAGGCUCGCAAGCAGCACAUCGAGACAUUCUAUGAUGACAAUCUCCUGGCGGAGGCGGUUGGUCCCUAA